AUGCUGAAUCAUAUUCGGAAGCUGCUAAGAACUCGAAAGAAGUAUGAAAUUGAUGAACAGGACAGAAAAAUUAUGAAACUGAGUAACGCAAUCGAUUCCAUGCGGAAACAGCUUGUUCAUGCUGAAAAAAGGUGGCGUGAUGACCAAACACAUAUCGAUUGUCUACGAAGAACUGUCCGUGAUUUGGGCCAAGAACUUCAAGAAACAAAGCAGCUGUUGAAUAGAGAAAAAAAACACAGUGAUUCAUCGCUAUCUCUUGAUACGGAUAUAAUCAUUGAUGUGCAAAACGAACUGAAAGUGAUAAACGAACAAAUUCGACAUUUUAGAAGCAUGUUGCACAAGUAUGAGCGAAGUACACGUGAACUUCGAAUGCGGCAUACGUCAACAAAUUCGAGAAUGCAGCGGAGCGAAAGGCACAGGGCGCAUGUGCAAAUCGCUUGUGCAAAAACGGAAAUUAUCGCCGUACAGAUACGCCAAUACGUUAGACGAAAUAGGCAUACGAAUGAUACGGACGACGAACUCCAGAGUGAUUGA